AUGGGCUUGUUGGCCGGUUCUUUUCAACAUAAAGAUCUGGUGGUGAUGGAGGAGUAUUUCUCUGACAAGGUGGUUUGGGUGACCGGAGCCUCUGCCGGCUUCGGUGAAGCGCUAUGCAUUGCCCUGUGCCAAUCUGCGAAACCCGGUGGUCUCAUCCUGAGCGCUCGUCGAAAAGAUGAGUUGGAGCGGGUCAGGUCGCGGUGCCUGGAGCUCUUUCCCAAUUUGAAUGCGGAGGUGCUUCCGCUGGAUCUCUCCGAUCUCUCCCGAUUGGGCCCAGUCGCUGAAAGGGCCAAAGGGCUCUUUGGGAGAGUGGACGUCUUGGUGAACAAUGGGGGGGUCGGCUUUAGAGGCCUCGGGCAGGAGACGUCCAUCGAGGAAGACCAGCAUGUGAUGAAUGUUGAUUUCUUCAGUGGCGUGGUCCUGACGAAGGCUUUACUUCCAGAAUGGAUCCAGAGGCAGAGUGGGCACGUGGUCCAGAUUUCCUCGGUUCAGGGCUUCUUUGGUUUGCCGGGUCGAACGGCCUAUGCAGCAGCAAAGCAUGCUGCGGUUGGCUUCUACGACUCCCUGAGGGCAGAGGUGGCUGAGAACGGAAUCGCCGUAACCACUGUUUGCCCAGGCUACAUAGCCACAGAGCAUGGGCGACACGCAGCCCGCAGAGUGGGCACGCACGUGGUGGAGGAUGUGGCCAAAGGUAUUUCGCCCCACGUUUUAGCGCCCAAAGUGCUUGCUGGCAUCGCAAGAAGAAAAGCAGAAAUGGUGCCCGCCGCCCUAGAUGCGAGACUGGCUCGGCUUUUGAGGACAAUCUUUCCAAGUCUCUUCUUCUCCAUGAUGCGCUGCCGGUCCAGGUUGUAA